AUGUCCUCAACACGCAUCUGCCAUCAUUCCAAGAAGCAUUUUGAGAGUAAAGUAGACGAUCUCGUGCGCAAGUACACCAAGAUUUCCGAGCCUGGUGAGGCCCUGCGGCACAUUCUCCAGAACGAAGACGAGUCGACCCUCCUCAUCCAAGCCGUCCGUCGUCAGAUCGCGCUGAUCAGAUGCCGCUCUCAAGCCCCCGAAGAUGAUCAAAUCACCAUGUAUGACAAAGCCUUGCUGGUCCUCACCCGACACGGAAAAGAUCCAGGAGAUAUCGGAGCUCUUGAGCUUUACGUGACCGAAUUUCUCGGGAUCGUCCCGAUUUCUCCAGCAUCGCAGAGCAAGAACAUCCUUUCCCAGCAUGUUGAGCUACAGGCUAUUUUGAACAGAGGUUCAGCCCGCGCCUCGGAGACUGAGUCUUUCGCUGUCCCAGAAAAUCGUCUCCCUCGCAACCAACAGCCCCGGCAGAACUCAAGCGACCGUAGACUGCAUUCUUCUGAAAACACCGAUCCCAAUGAACGUCAGCUCGAACCCUACAACCGCGAGGUAAAGAGCGUUCCGAGGCGGAGCAACACCUCCCACAGCCAGGGGGUGCGUGACCAGACCGAAAGAAUACUGGGAGUUUUUUAUGAAGCUAGACGCGACUAUUUCGAGGCUUUACAAACCGAUGGCUUUGCUUCCACAACCACCAUUCGGUUCCUUCGAGAUACAGCCGAAAAUGCACUUCUGUACUUCCGCCAAAACGCGAUGAUGAACCAUGACGCUGUUUCAGACCUGCAGAAGAUCUUCGCAAUCGCCAGAGAUAAGGCAGCAGAGCUCUGCGGAGGCCGAAAGCGCCACUUCGAUGAUGAGAACAAGCACACACACAAGAGAUCCCGUCGAGCAGUUGACUCAUAUCGUCCUUCAGGACAUUAG